AUAUCAGCCUACAUGCAGACGCGAAAUUGUUAAACAAAUUCGGGUGCAUCGUGCCAUGGCCGAUACAAAAUCCGGCCGUUAUGCGAGCAGCAGCGCUGCUAUAUCCCCCCUAGUACAGAGUCCAGAGAAUUUGGAGUGCAAGAACUUUCAGGAAUAUCUGCGCAGCCGUCAAACACCCGAGACGCUAGAGAAGCUCUACAAUUAUCCACCCAUUUGCCUGGCGGUCUAUCGCGAGUUGCCCGAAAUCGCAAGACAGUUUGUAAUUCGCAUACUGUUCAUAGAUCAGCCAGUGCCACAAGCCGUUGUCACGUCAUGGGGUGCACAACGCGUUGCCAAGGAACAAAUGGAGGCCACCAGCUGCCUGACUGCUUUGUGUGUCUGGCGCGUCACGGCCAUACCAGGCGGCCUGGCUGCUUGGGAGCUGUCACCCACGUUUAAAAAGAGCGUUCGUCAGGUGCUACUGGGCGGCGGCAAGCCCUGGGCAAUGACCAAUACGCUGGAUAGGGACUCCAAGCCGCGUGACAUUGCGUUUCUGGACUCGUAUGCCAUGUCCCGCUGGCGCUGUGUGCUGCACUAUAUGGUGGGCACGGGCAGCCGCGGCGGCACCGAUGCCGAGGCGAUCAGUCCAGAUGCAGUGCGCAUUCUUUUACAUGCGAAUCUUAUGAAGCGCGACGAGCGCGAUGGUAUCACCAUUACACGUCAGGGAUUUCAGUUUUUGUUGCUGGACACACGCGCUCAGGUCUGGCAUUUUAUGCUGCAGUAUUUGGAGACAUGCGAGGAGCGCGGCAUCUGCCUGCCUGAGUGCCUGUCCAUGCUGUUUCAAUUAAGUUUCUCGACGCUGGGACGCGACUACAGCUCGGAGGGCAUGAACAACCAGAUGUUGACGUUUUUGCAGCAUCUACGUGAGUUCGGACUGGUGUUUCAACGGAAACGCAAGGAGGGUCGCUUUUAUCCCACACGACUUGCCCUGAAUGUAACGAACAAGGAUGCAGCACAGGCUUCCACAUCGGCGGAUGAGGAGCGCAUGCAGGAAAGGGGUUACAUCGUGGUGGAAACCAAUUACCGCGUUUAUGCCUACACAGAUUCACAGCUGCAGGUGGCUGUGCUCGGUCUUUUUACCGAGCUACUCUAUCGCUUUCCCAAUCUCGUUGUGGGUGUCCUCACACGCGACUCUGUGCGCCAAGCACUGCGUGGCGGCAUUACGGCCGAGCAAAUCGUCAGUUAUUUGGAACAGUAUGCACAUCCUAACAUGAAGCUGGUCGAAUCAGCCAUUCAAUCAAAGUCCUGCCUGCCGCCCACAAUUGUAGACCAAAUCAAACUCUGGGAAAUGGAACGCAAUCGUUUCACAUACACAGAGGGCGUUGUUUACAAUCAGUUCCUGUCACAAAACGACUUUGUAACACUGCGCGACUACGCACAAUCCAUAAACAUGCUGGUGUGGCAAAAUGAACGCACCCGCACCAUGGUGGUACAGAAGAACGGUCACGACGAUGUCAAGCGCUACUGGAAGAAGUACUCAAAAAGCGGCGGCUAGCGCCGAAUUACUAUACUUCGUAUUUAAGCUAACUCAUUUAAUUUAAUAUAUAAGCUGAUAACGUUCUCAACAGUUGCCCUUUUGUAACAAGCACAAAUUUGAAUUGUUAUUCUUUGAAUAAAGGCAACUGUGGACACGUUCUGUAAUAAAAAGGUAUACCUCCAUUAAUAUAUAAAAUUAUAUU